UUCACAGCCUAUUAAAAACAAUAGCAAUAUUCUCGACUAUAAUCGCUCCGUUCGAAACUAGUAAUAAGUAUUAAGGAGAAAUAUGAAUCUGUUAGACUUGCCGCAAACACUAAUUCAGGACAUUUUGGAGUUGCUCCCCUACGACGAGGUGGCAAAAAAACGAGAGGUGUGCACUCUAUUUAAUUAUCUUGGGCAGCAAAUAUUAAACAAGGGUUUUAACAAGAUCAUUAUGGCCCAUGCCAAGAACUUCAAGCGCAUCAAAUCCAUGCUGCCACGACGGGAAUCGGAACGCAGGAACCACAUUCUAUCCCGCCACUCGGACAUACUUACCUCCAUCGAGACACGGAUCUCGAUGCUGACCAUGACGUACUCCAAGUUUAUUGACCUCAACAUCUGCUGUUUCAUACCUGGUCGCGUUCUGGACGAGAUCAACAGCAUUCUGCGCAUUCUGAGCACCUCCACCAAACAGCUGCGACCACAUGAAGUGCUGCAGGAGCUGCGCGACAUCUCCUCCAUGGCCAUUGAGCAUUUCGACGAGAAGAUUGCUGUGAAUUUCAAAAUGGAACACCGAAAACAAUUGGCGGAAUCCACGGCGGCCGGAGCUCGACUUGUGGUUUGCAGUGCCUUGGGCGACAUAAGCUUUAGCGGCGUGAGGCGAACCGGAAUCAGUCGGCCCGUCGAUCAUGGGCUCGUCCAGCAGGCCAUCGUUCAGUUGGCCCCCAUAUCUGCCAGCAAAUCACACUCGGAUUCCUCUCAAAAGGAUCGCAUGUAUAAACAACUGUCCAGGCAAUACCAGCUCCAAAGGUCACUUUCGCAAAAGAUUCGCCUCUUGGAAGUGUCGCGCAAGGUGCAGGAUCGCCGAUUGCAGGAAGCCCUCUCCAGCAUCACCGAACUGACCACCCAAGUGUCCGAACUCAAGCGCCAAAUGGAGGAUGUGGUGGCCAAUAUGCCCAGUUGCGCUGUUAAACGUCAGGCUGUCGCCAGCGCGGACUGCUUACCACCGGCCCAGAAAAAACCCAAGGUGUAGCCAAGGAUUAGCAAUAAUAAAUAGCUUUUAAAUAAAACUUCCCUCCAGACAGUGUAGCUGGAGUACGUAGCAUUAAUUAGGCAGUGCAUCUUCGAUAUAUCGCGUUAAGAUUUAUUGUUGCACUUGUUACUUAAAUAUUGUAUUACUACUAUAUAAAUACAUUGAACAUCUAGUGAAAA